AUGCUUGCAUCAUUCCGAAAACAGGAUAAAAAGGAUGAAGAAUCAGGAACAAGUGGAAAUCCAUAUAAGAAUCUUGAAAAGGCAUCUGUUCUUCAAGAAGCUCGUACAUUUAAUGAAACUCCCGUAAAUGCACGAAAAUGUAUUCAAAUAUUAACAAAAAUUAUUUAUAUGAUUAAUCAAGGAGAACAAUUAGGUCAAACGGAAGCAACAGAAACAUUUUUUGCUAUGACAAAAUUAUUUCAAUCAAAAGAUGUAAGUUUAUUUAAAAAGACAUUAAUUAUUCUUCUCUUGAAGAAUAUUGAAUUUUUUUUCUGAAGAUUAUUCCAAUGAUAAACGUAGUAAAAAGAAUUUGACAAGUAUAAAAAAAUGUAUUUAUUUUGUCUAACAAGAAAUAAUUUAAAUCAAAAUAUAGCUAGAGAGAUAGUCCUUUUAGAAGUUGAUUAAUUAUACAUUAAGAGGCCCCUUAAAAAAGUCAAUUUUGGUCAAGCUUGUCGAUUUUGUGAUUUCUACCUGGAUAGAUAGAGUAAAGUGUGUACUUUCGAAUGCACUAUAGCUUAUUGAUUUUGUGGUGAGAUUUAAGGAUAUAACAUAAAUCUUUCUGAACGUCCCAUAGAAGAAAAUAAUGGUUUUUCUCAAAAUAGGAUUUUUAAUUUUUAUGUUUUCGUGCAUUCCAGAUUUCUCCGCUAUUUUAAAUGCUAGAAAGCUGGGUUUGGUGUCAAAAUGAAGGCAAAAACUUGCUCUACAGCUUAACAGAGCCAAAUUUUUCGAUUUUCCCAUUAAUACUUAUAAAAAACUCACUUUACUGGACCUAUACCCCUUGGAUUUUUCAUACUUCAUCAGAAGAGUUUUCUAAAAACAUAAGCUAAGAGAAAAUUGAAAAAUCUGGCCCUG